AUGGGUCACCUCCUGCCUCUCAAUAAUGUGACUGAAUUUAUUCUCUUAGGACUCACCCAGAAUCCAUACUUGCAGAAAAUGUUCUUCAUUGUGUUUUUGUUCGUUUUCCUGUUUACUGUGCUGGCCAAUGUGUUCAUUGUCAUCACCAUCUCCCUCAGCCCCGCGCUCUCUGCGCCCAUGUACUUCUUUCUCACUUUCUUGUCCUUCGUGGAUGCUUUCUACACCUGUGUCACUACCCCUAAAAUGAUCAUCGACCUGUUGUUUCAGAGGCGAACCAUCUCCUUGGGCAGCUGCUUGACCCAGCUCUUUGUGGAACACUUCCUGGGAGGCUCGGAGAUCAUUCUCCUCAUUGUCAUGGCCUACGAUCGCUACGUGGCCAUCUGUAAGCCCCUGCACUACACCACCAUCAUGCGUCCUGGCCUCUGCCGCCUACUGGUGGUGGUGGCCUGGAUUGGGGGGAUCGUGCAUGCCACGGUGCAGAUUCUUUUCAUGGUCAACCUGCCUUUCUGUGGUCCCAACGUCAUUGACCAUUUCAUGUGUGAUCUCUUCCCACUGCUGAAACUGGCCUGUCGGGACACCUACAUGCUGGGGAUGGUGGUGGCGGCCAACAGUGGGGCCAUGUGCUUGCUUAUUUUUACCAUGCUACUCAUUUCCUACGUCGUCAUCUUGAGGUCCUUGAAGUCCCAUGGCGCUGAAGGCAGGCGCAAAGCCCUCUCUACGUGUAUCUCCCACUUCACUGUCGUUGUACUCUUCUUCGUGCCUUGCAUCUUCACUUACAUGCGUCCGGUGGCCACCUACUCUGUGGACAAAUUGGUAACUGUCUUCUUUGCAAUCUUUACUCCAAUGUUAAAUCCUAUCAUUUACACAGUGAGAAACACAGAGGUCAAAAACGCCAUGAAAAACUUGCUGAAGAGAAGAGUAAGUUAG